AUGGGACGUGGAAGGGAUCGCAGUCGAGAUAGACGUCGGAGCCGUAGUCGUAGCCGGAGCAGGAGUCGCAGCCGAAGUCCUCGCUACGGUCUCGGUGGAGGUGGCGGUGGUGGAUAUAGCGGAGGCGGACGCAGAAGUAAUCCCGGAGCCAACCUUCGAAAACCGAAAUGGGACCUAAACCGGCUUAAGCCUUUUAAGAAAGAUUUCUACGUGCCUCACCCAGAUGUUGAAAAUAGACUCGAAUCAGAAGUCGAGGCUUGGAGGAGUGAAAAUGAAAUAACGUUGAAAGGUCGUAAUAUACCAAAACCCACAUUAACUUUCGAUGAAGCCGGUUUUCCUGAUUAUGUUAUGGAUGAAAUUGAUAAAAUGGGUUUUUCUAAACCGACGCCAAUUCAGGCACAAGGUUGGCCUAUUGCCUUAAGUGGAUGUGACAUGGUGGGAAUUGCUUCUACGGGCUCAGGAAAAACUUUGUCUUAUAUUUUACCUGCAAUAGUUCACAUUAAUAAUCAGCCCAAAUCAAGUAGAGGAGAUGGACCAAUUGCUUUAGUAUUGGCUCCAACAAGAGAACUAGCCCAACAAAUUCAAGAAGUAUGUGAUAAGUUUGCUAACACUUCAAAAAUUCACAACACAUGCUUGUUUGGUGGCGCUCCCAAAGGUCCACAAGCUAGAGAUUUGGAUGCUGGGGUUGAAAUUGUAAUUGCAACACCCGGACGGCUAUUAGACUUCUUAGAGAGUGGUCGGACAAACCUUAAAAGAUGCACAUACUUGGUACUUGAUGAAGCUGAUCGUAUGUUGGAUAUGGGAUUUGAACCGCAGAUUAGAAAAAUUAUAGAACAAAUACGACCUGACAGACAAACACUCAUGUGGUCCGCUACAUGGCCUAGAGAAGUACAGAGUUUGGCUGCGGAAUUUUUAAAAGAUUAUUUACAAAUUAAUGUCGGUUCAUUACAAUUAGCAGCCAACCAUAACAUCCUUCAGAUCAUUGAUGUUUGUAUGGAAUAUGAAAAAGAAACUAAACUAAGUACUUUGUUAAAAGAAAUUAUGGCUGAAAAGGAAAAUAAGACUAUCAUAUUCAUUGAAACAAAACGUAGAGUUGAUGAUAUUACAAGAAAAAUGAAACGAGAUGGAUGGCCCGCUGUGUGUAUUCAUGGUGAUAAGUCACAAAAUGAACGUGACUGGGUAUUACAAGAUUUCCGUAGUGGAAAAGCACCUAUUCUUGUAGCUACGGAUGUUGCUGCUAGGGGUUUAGAUGUCGAUGAUGUAAAGUUUGUUAUUAAUUUUGACUAUCCUAGCAACUCUGAAGAUUAUGUGCACAGAAUUGGAAGAACAGGUCGAACUAAUAAAACCGGAACUGCUUAUACGUUUUUCACACCAUCGAAUGCGGCAAAGGCGGCAGAUUUGGUUUCGGUGUUAAAAGAAGCCAAACAGGUCGUGAAUCCUAAAUUACAAGAGUUAGCCGAACGCGGCGGUGGCGGUGGACGAAGACACCGUGGUCGUGGCGCCAGAUAUCGCCGAGGCGGUCGUCGUUCGAGGUCCCGGUCCCGCUCGCGUGAACGUCGCCGUCGUUCACGUUCACGGUCCCGUUCCCGAGAGCGCCGUCGUCGCAGACACAGCUCGUCGCGUUCAUCACGCAGCAGGUCGUCGAGAUCUUCGAGAAGCCAUUCACGCUCGCGCUCCAGAUCAAGAAGCCGUUCUCGCUCAGGCAAGUGCAGCCCACUGAAGGAUAAUACUGUUGGGCCUCAGCCAGCACCCCAGGCACUUUUACCGACGCCGAAACCACUUCUGCCUACCCCGAUUGGUCCGCAGCUACCUCCCCCACAUUUCGAUAAACACACCAGUAAAAAUUCUUUACCGCCUUCCAAUGGUAACGACGAAUCUCGCUUAAAUAAAGAUCUUUCCCAAUGUUAUAAUAAAACUAACAGUCUCAGUAGCAGUAAUAACAAACAAACCCACAACGAUAACAGGUUACAGCAACAGCAACCUGUCAAUUCAAUUCCGCCUCUGAUGGCCAUAAAUCCUCAGAUGAAUGUAUGUGUUCCACCCCCACCUCUCAAUGGACAGGGCUUCGUUAUGCCUCCCUAUUUUCCUUCUGACCAAUAUGGAAUGAUGAUGCCUAAUUUCGGUCCAAAUCCUAUGCUCAAUGGACACAGUUGGGGAGCUCCGCCUCCUCCGCCUCCACCCCCUCCUCCGUCUUCAGAUCCCUCUAAUGGGCCUCAAAAUAACUAUAAUUAUGGUCAAAGCGGCUCGGGACAAAGUAGCCUGGAGUCAGAUUCCAGAAAGCGUGGUGGCCGUUCUGGUGGCCUCGGAAGUUCGAGUUCAUACGGCUUGGGCUCUGGAAGUGGUGGCCUUAGCUCAGCUGGAGGCGCCGGUUCCUGCGGCGGGGGCCUCGGCACCGGCGGCCUAGGGUCCGAUAGCCUCUACGGAGGAGGCGGUGGGCUCGGCUCCGAGGACGGUCAAGGCGGCCAGCGGUCGCGCGGCGGCCGCGAUCGGCGGCGACGAGGCAGAGGACGGGACUACGACGACCACAACUCGGAUAAUCCGAGCGGUGGUCUCGGCUCUUACGGCUCGGGCGGCUUCGAAGGAGGCCUGGGCCAGUCCUCUGGCGGUCCCGGUGUGCCCCAUGGGAGCCUAUUGCCGCGCAUGCUGCCGCAGAAUACUGGUGACUUCGACGGACAACAAAACGCCAACUUUACAGCUUUCGGUUCUUAUGGUCCUAAGUAUAAAAAGAAUCAGGGUGGAUACGACAACGGAGACUACGACGAGGGUCCCGUCAACGGGGUCGAAUAUUACGGCCAUCAAAAUAUGGGACCAGGCCGACCGAUAAGCUCUAACAUGGAUCGAGGUGUUUUUAACGAUGCGCAGGCAUACGGCUCCAUGGGGUACAGAAAUGACCGCCAGGGCAAUCGCCAACGGCGGUGA